AUGCUCGUCUACACCUACGCUCCAAACGGGUCCCUAUUCGAUAAUCUCCACGGCGGGCUGAAGGAGCAAGGCGGGCUGAGGGACUGGGGGAGGAGGGUAGAUGUGCUGGUGGGGGCGGCGAGAGGGUUGGAGUAUCUGCACGGGGGGUUGGAGGUGCCGAUUGUUCAUUCGGAUGUGAAGCCGGAGAAUAUUCUCAUUGCUGCGUCUGGCGAGGGGUUGCUGUCGGAUUUCGGGCUGAGUGAGUUCGUGCGGGAGGCGUCGGUGCACACUCCGGCUUCGACAAUCGUCAGAGUGAAAGGAUCCGUGGUGAGUGGGACUGUGGGAUGUGUGCAUGGGGAUGUGAAGCCGGAGAAUAUUCUCAUUGCUGCGUCGGGGGAGGGGUUGCUGUCGGAUUUCGGGCUGAGUGAGUUCGUGCGGGAGGCGUCGGUGCACACUCCGGCUUCGACAAUCGUCAAAGUGAAAGGAUCCGUGGGCUACGUGUGUCCCGAGUAUUCAUCAACAGGAGUGCUCAACUCCAAGUGCGACGUGUACAGCCUUGGGAUUGUCGUGUUGGAGACGCUCACGGGCCUGCCACCUCAGAUAGAGGACCAGCACCUCGGGACCUCCACUCACAUCCGCGACCUGGUCUCUGCGUUGCUGAGGAAGCACGACAGCGAUCCCUCAGCAGUGCUCGACCCUGCACUGCCUUCCAACCUGCCCAAGGUGCCCGCCUGGCGCCUGCUGCAGCUGGCUCUGCGCUGCACCGCUCCCACCGGCCGCGAUCGGCCUCACAUGGGGGAGGUGCUAUCUGAGCUGCUCUUCGUGCAGAACGCUGUGAGGAAAUCGUGA